AUGUCUCGAGUGCCCCGACGCUUCCGACAGAGCGUACCGUCUGGACGGUCCAAGCGCCAACGGGAGAAGACGGGCCAUGGGGAUGCACCGACCUCUGGGCUUCUAGAGCUAGGAAGCCUGUCUUGCCCCACAAUCACUUGGAUAUGCCCGGCAGACAAGCUCACUGAACGCACGCGCUCAUUCGAUUCUGACAACAGGCCUGACUACGAGAUGACCGGGUCAUCAAAGGCGAUGACGCCUAGAAAGGCAGCAAUUCUCGCUUUGAUCGCUUUUUCGCUCUUGCUCGCGUAUUUCCACGAACAUGUCAUCGCUCUUUACAAAGUCACUGCCGUCUACUACUCAUGGCACUGGGGAAACCAGUCGGAGCUGUCAAUGCAGGCCGAUGGCUUCGAUACCACUUUUGCGCGUUACAACGUCGGCCAGACAACAAGCUUACCCUGGGACCAAACCGGACCCGCCGUUCAGCCCUUGAGAGCGUCAGAGAUAUCGAGCGCAACAGAUCUGAUCCCGCCUGUGCUGCACCACAUCUUGCUUGGCAUGCGCGAGAGCGCCAUGCCUGACUCAUGGAACCAGUCACGCCAAUCUUGCAUGGAUAUGCAUCACAAUUGGACGACGAUGCUAUGGGAUGACGACAAAGCAACUCAUUUCCUCACGACCCAUUACCCCUGGUUCAUGAGACAAUAUCUCGGCUAUCGAUACGUCAUCCAACGAGCGGAUGCACUGCGCUAUUUCGUGCUCUACCACUACGGCGGCGUGUUCCUCGAUUUAGAUCUGACUUGCAGGCGAGGUCUGGGCCCGCUGAGAUCUUUCGAGGUCGUCAUGAUCGGCGCGACCCCUUCAGGCGUCUCGAAUGGCUUCAUGAUGGCAGCACCGAGGCAUCCCUUCUUUGCCCAACUCAUCAAGGCGCUGCCGCUCUAUGACCUGAAUUUCUUGGUCAGUUAUGCCAGCAUCAUGUUCAGCACAGGACCAAUGUUCCUCUCUGCGGAGCACUUGCGCUACAAACAUCGUAGUCAGCUCAAGUACCUCACAGAGCCGUUUCACCAUCUAUCUGGACGGGUUAUAACGCCGCUCUUCGAGCAUGCCGGUAGCUCGAGUUGGCAUCAGGACGAUGCAAAAUUGAUCAAGAGAUUGCUAGCGUGGACAUCAGUCUACGCCGUUGGCUUGUCGAUCAUCUCUGGCGUCCUCUUCGCCAUCUGUGUUGUUGUCGCGCUCAGCUGGGCAGGCUGGACCGGCAGGAUACGAUGGCCAGUGGCGAACCAGCGCGAAGCGCUUGGCAUGGAAGGCUAUGAAAUCCUGCCCACACAUUCAAGGCGGUCGAGACAAUCGCUGCGUCCCAUCAUCACGCACGGUCUCAGGCCACCUUCGCGCACUCAAGUCUCGGAUGAUGGCGAGGGCGUGACGUACUACGAUGACUUGCUAGAUAGACGGAGACAAGCUCAAGGUGACUCAAGCAAGCCGAUUUCUGCCGUAGACGUUCCUGCAUCGUUCGAGCCAUGA